CAACCCCGCUUUCGGAACUGUUGAAGUAGACGAUACGAAACCAAUCAAUGAAUGAAUGAAGCUGUACAGAUCGAGAGAGGCUAGAGCAGAAUCUUGUUCUGGAUCGCAAGGAUGAUGUCCCCGAACCAAAACUCCGAAGACCGAGGCUCUUCGAAUCCCGCUACCUUCAGGCACACUCCAUUGCAGAUUAUCCACAUUAUUGGCAACUUUAUGAGAAUAUGGUCAAUUUACUCCAUGUACAACUACUUGUCUCAGACGGGAGCUUCAGUUGUACUUUUUAUUUUCAGUUGCCUUGUUCCAUCGUCCAUCAUAUUUUUAGCUUUGCAAAAGCCUUGGAAGGGCAGACCCCUUUCUAAUACACAGGUAGUACCUUCUAUAAUAAAUGGGGGUAUAACAGCUCUGUACUUCAUUUUGUGGGGAAAAGGCCUCAAAUCAUGUGGUCCUGUCAGGGCUAUAAUGGCAGAAUAUUCUGGUGCCGUUCUUGGAGUAUUAUCUGCUGUAUUGUAUGGAAGACAGAGCCAUGUUUGGAAAAAGGUUGGUGGACUUGUUGCAAUGCUAGCAGCUUUGUACUUCUUUUCUCAAGGGUGGGCCAUGGCCACAUAUUCGCCAUUCUCAUUUACUGAUAACCGUGAAACAGAGGUUGAAACAGAACAACCUUUGGGCAUGAAGGAAAUGGUAAUUCCAAUAUGUGCAGGAAUCUUAUCUGCAUUAAGAAGGGUAAUUGCAAGACGUGUUUCACUCAAGAAUCAACUUAAGAGGCGACUUCAUGCCAUAACUAUUGCUGCUGCAACUUGUUUCCUAUUUCCUGUGGCUAUGUGGGACAUGAUUAUAGGAUCAGCUUCGGAUAGCCGCACAGAAUUGCCAUUUUCUGCUUGGACUUUUUUAAGCACUAUUCUGUUUGGAGUUGUCAUGAUAUUCUAUGUGGACAGCAUAGCAGAAGAGAGAUUGCAUAUGGUUUUCUCUUCUCCAAGACAUUUAAUGGUUGCUGGAGGAUGCAUCAUUGUCAUGGAGAUCGUGUACAAAAUGGAUUUUUCUCUGUUGGGCUUUCUUAUCUGCUGCACAAUUUUGGGCUUUGGGACUUAUGAAGCAACCUCUUUGGAUCGUGUUAGGAAGGAUUCUUUGCAGAACUCAGACCUAUCUAACGGGUUAUUUGGAGACCAAAUACAGAAGUCCUCAUUACCAACUUGAAAUAUGUGGAUUCAUUUUGUUCAUCAAGAUUGCCAGCAAUUAUCAAAAGCAAAAUCUAGCCAACAUUUUUAUUUUGUUUGGUCCCUGCUUGUAAUCUUUAAGGCUGCAAAGAAAGAAUGUGUCUUGCACUUCGUCGUUACAAGGCCCAAGCAAAUUUUGAUUGGUAGGCUCAUGGUGAUCUUAUAGCUGACUUGACUGUUGAGGUUUGUGAUGAAAAGAAGACUGUAAGAGAUUUGGUUGUGCAUAUUGGCCACCAUUACAUGAAGUUUAUUGCUUCCUAGUUGAUAGCCAAUUGGUGGAGGAAAAAUACUUGUACAGAUAAUGUUUCCUCUUUGUUGUAUAACUAGUUCCAAGGACAUUUCCCCAUGUUUUACAUUCAUGUCUUUUUGGUUCAAUUAGCCAGAUGUAGUCUUGUGGGUCAAGUGUUAACCAUACCGAUUUCUUCUUUAGGCUGAGAUGAUGAUACUGGAGGGCCAUCUAACACAAUGUGAAUGGCUUGUUUUGGUCCAGUUUUUCAAAAGCGUUGUGCCAUUUAUUUAAAUUCCCUAAUCUUUGGUACC